AUGAUGAGAGCCCAUCUCAAUCAGGGUAUCGUCAAUGCCCGUCGUUCCAGUAUCGGGUCUCACCUUUGCAAGGCAAGUCAGAAAGUGCCGAUAAGUUGUAUGUUUCUCAGCCAUUUUGAAAUGAAAAGGGGUAAUAUUGUCGUGUGGUCCAAGAAAUGGUCAGAUACGAAUUGCGAUGUCAACCUUCAAGAUAUUGAGCUGAAGUCGCUACCAUCCGGUAUACAUGAGGUUGCGGAUGAUGUUAUCAAUUUUGUUGUAUCGAAGUAUAAGGGCGGAGGGGAAGAUUACUACUAUGGGGUAGCCUAUUUUCAGCAAAAUGGCCAUACAAUGGCCGAAAAUUCCAAGAAUCUAGAUAGAAGUAAAGUAAAAAUGUAUUCACUCGGCGUGGUUGUUAAUCCCAACUAUAAAAGGAACGACACAUCAAAUAGUGGAUUUUAUGAGUGGAAACCUAAUCAAUUCACAAGCGCUAAUACUUAUGUAAGUGAUUUAGAAGAUUUGCUGGCGCACUGGUUUACGAAAGGAGAAUUUGAAAAUUUUGAGGUGUUUGAGAAAUAUUUUGAGGCCAACAGCUUAACCAAUAAUAUAACGGAAUUGGCAUCACCAGUUUUACAAAGAUCUGGCAAAGUUGCCCGUGAGUUUAUCACUCCAGGCAAACUAACGCUUGAUCCAGUUCUCGAGAAUCCCGGCAGGCGCCAAAUGCUAGAGUAUUUGCCAUACUGGAUAAAAAUUUUGGGACCUCUCGUCUUCACAUUAUAUAAAUCGUGUUUGUUAGGUGAAAGAAUUUUAAUUAUGAAUCCUCCCGGUGGAUCCUUUGAAAGUUGCAAUGCAUUGAAUUAUUGUUUAUCGAUUAUAUCACUUAUUCCUAAAGCAGUACGAGCGAGUAGACAGGAUGAUUAUUAUGUGCGACCAUUAUAUACCAUUGGAAUUUCUGACAUCGAGGGUAUGAUGUCUGAAUUCUCUGGGGACUUCGAUGAUCGAAAGAAUAAACAAGGUUUUAUCGCUUCUACAAGUGAUGAAAUAUUAGCAUAUAGGACUGAAUUAUACGAUAAAGUCCUCAGACUUCCAUCAGAGUUUGCUGAUCAAUUCAAUACACAAUCUCCAACUAUCACAUCCAAUGAUGAUAAGCCAAUAAAAGCAACUCAUUUGGAGUAUGAGUUAAUUGGGGAUGUUUUCAAAAAGUAUCUUCAUGAAAGUAUCUCUCUAUGGGAGAAUGUAUACUCGAGCGAAAUUGAGCCUAUGUCGUGGACGCAAUUUAUACUGAAUGGGGUUCAUUGGUUAUCGACUGCUAGUUCAGUUAAAGGAUCAUUCCACGAAGAAAUCAAUCAGUCAGAAGUCACAACAGGCGAUAUCGAUAAUGAGCUCGAGACGAUAUUAAAUGUAGUUGGUUAUUUCCAUGACAAAACAGCAAAUAUUUUCAAUAAACUGAAAGCAAUAGUAACUGUUGCUGAAGAUGACGAAUGCGAAGAAGUAAUAUGCAUUCCCUUUACGUCAUUACUUGAAAUGGAUCUUGAUUGCUUUAGUUUGCAAGAUCAUGAUUUUGUUAUAGCGCUUGCCCAAAAAUGGUUUCAAAAGACUAUCUGUAUAAGUAAUGAUUAUUUGAAAGCCUUCUGUUAA